UUGACUUUCUAGUUUCCGGUAGUCUCAGUGUUGGACACCUGUAUUUAAAAGUUGACAUUGGGUCUUUUGAAUUGAACAGCAGAGUUGUCACAGAGCAAAAUGGUUUCUCUAUCACUUAAUUCGAUAAAACAGAUCAUGAAGACUAUGGUGGACACCCAUGGAUUUGAUCGCGUUUUAAGCAAGGUGAAUCUUCUAUCUGCGAGUCCCGGCAAGGUGGUGUGUGAGUUGAAGGUUGAGGAGGAACACACAAACCGCGGUGGCACGCUUCACGGGGGGCUGACGGCGACCCUGGUUGAUAACAUCUCGACGGUUGCGAUUAUGUACUCUGAGAGGUGUGCGCCUGGCGUCAGUGUCGACAUGAACAUCACGUACAUGAACGCCGCUAAAGUGGGAGAAGAUGUCCUAAUCACCGCACAGGUUCUGAAACAGGGACGGACGCUGGCCUUUGCCACAGUAGAUCUCACCAACAAAGCAACGGGGAAAUUGAUAGCACAGGGCAGGCACACAAAGCACCUCGGAAGUUAAUGUCUUGUCUGUAAAAGACAUACGCAGGGAGGGAAGCUUGGAUGGUUUAAAUCAUAUUGUGUGUAGGUAAUCAUUCUACGUUCAAAAGAUGUUAAUAAAAGACAGAGAUUUUCAAAA